AGGCCAGUGGAAACGGGAAGCGUCCUUCGGAGUUAGGUGGGUGCCAUCCGUAGAACUACUGGACUUAGUCGAAAUGAGCGUCUCUUGCCGUGGGAGUGAAUACUGAAUGAUGUUCUAAGAUGUUUAACAACAGUACACAGAAGCGAUGCUGGAUUUUUCAGAAUGAGGACGAAUUGGAAAAUUUGAGAACUGAAGCCAAUAAGAAAUUUCAGUCCAAGGUUCUAGCAUGUGGAAAGCUUUCUCCAGUGGCUUUGCUGGAGCCUCAUGAAGAGGAGGUACUACGUAAAUAUUAUGAAAAAAGACUCUUGGAAUUCUGUUCUGCAUUUAAACCCAUCAUGCCCAAAUCUGUGAUGGGUACUGCAAGUAUGUAUUUCAAGAGAUUUUUUUUGAAUAACUCCUUAAUGGAAUAUCAUCCAAGGACUAUUAUGUUGACAAGUGUAUACUUAGCAUGUAAAGUGGAUGAAUUUAAUGUCUCCAGUUCCCAGUUUGUUGCUAAUCUGUGGGAGAGUCCUGCGGGUCAAGAAAAGGCUCUGGAACAGAUCCUUGAGUAUGAACUGUUGCUUAUUCAGCAGCUGAACUUUCAUCUUAUUGUCCACAAUCCAUUUCGACCUUUUGAGGGUUUUCUUAUUGACCUAAAGGCUCGAUACACAGCAGUAGAAAAUCCAGAAGUUUUGCGAAAAACAGCAGACGAGUUUCUGAGCCGAGCAACCAUGACUGAUGCCAGUCUUCUCUUUACACCAUCACAGAUAGCAAUAACAGCUAUUCAUUUCAGUGCCUCCAGGGCAGGCAAUAAUAUCGAUAGCUACUUGACAGAAUGCCUUAUGCUAAAAGAUAACAGUGAAUGCCUAUCAAAGCUGGUUGAAGGAAUUAGAUGUAUAAAGAACCUGGUGAAAAAAUAUGACCCUCCCAAACCUGAGGAAGUUAAUCUUCUGAAACAGAAACUUGAACAUUUACACAGCUUGGACCUUGGCAUCAUUACAAGUUUAAAGAAGAGGAAAGGUUAUGAGGAAGAUGGAGCAAUUUCAAAAAAAGCAAAAGUGGAAGAGGAGGAAUGGAGUGAUGAUGAUCUAAUUGAUGCAAUGUAAAUUGCUGCUUGACUUGCAUUUUGAAAACAUUCAUGGAGGAGCAGCUGCUGUGAUUCUCUGAUUUGGUAUUUAUUCUGAGGAAUGACAUUCAGACAUGAGUUUGAGUAAGACAGGUUGUGCCUUUGGAUAGAAGAGUCAGAAGCCCAGUGAUUUAAAAAGCCAACUAAAGCUGCAGACCACAGAAACAAACAGUACUUCUGAUGCAAAAUAUUUUUUUCUGCAUAUGACUUUUGAUGGUAUGUUUAUUUUUUACCUAAAUCAAAAUAAAUGUGGUUCUGAAAGUACUGCAACAAACUGCAAAGCAAAUUUUAAAUGCUUGCAUUGCUGAGCUGUUUGAUUUGCCAAUGUCAGUGUGUAAUUUGUUUUGGAAGCAUGUUUUAAGUGUCCUAUUCUGCUCAGUAUUUGAAAUAAAAUUUGUAUUGUCUCCAGGACUUAAGUUUGGAACAUUUUUCAGAAUGUCCUUUACCUUCUAUGUUUCAGGAAAAGUUUUGAUUUUAUUCAUUGCUCGGAAUUUAUGUAAAAAUAUUUUUUCUACUGAAUUGUUUACUUGGCUACAAAUUAUAUGCUGCAUUUUAAACAUUACUGGAGAUGAUAAUAUAGAAAAAUAAAUUUUUACAGCUAA